UCACGGCUGCAAAUAAAGCGUGUUCUUGGAGGAAACUGUGCUGUAUUAACCGAUUUUUCUCACUGGCACGGGGCCAGCAUCGUUCCGGACUACGGUCUACAAUCCACGAAUGUAACCAGCGGCCGGAUGGACCCACCAAGGGAAACGGAAAAGGCGGAUCGAUCGCGCCACGAUCCGGGCGCCGCCGUGACUGGUGGAUCGAAGAAGCCGGACAACAAAUCGAAAAAGGAUAAGAGCAAGGAUAGCAAAGGCAAGGAUGGUGGCGCCGGGGGAAAGGACCCUGCCGGUGGUACGAAGCGGGGCAAGAAGAGUAAAAAAGAUAUCGUUAAACCCAUGACCCGCGUGGUGGUACGCCAUUUGCCACCGACGAUGACGGAGGAGCAGUUCCGUGAUGAGAUCUCGGUCGAGGGUGCGUUCCCCAAGCACGAGGAGUUUUACUUUGUGGGGCCGGACUGGUCGCUCGGUAUGAGCGCUACCUCGCGGGCCUACAUCAAGUUCACGAAUCCGGACGAUGUGCUGCUGUUUACGCACCGGUUCGAUGGCUACACGUUCCUCGACAGCAAGGGAGCGGAAUUCCUGGCCCUCGUGGAGUACGCUCCGUUUCAGAAGCUACCGAAGAAUCGUUCACGGUCGAAGGCCGACCCAAAGUGCAACACGAUCGAGAGCGAUCCCCUGUUCAUUGCCUUCAAGGAAGCGUUGGAAGCGGAAGAACGUGAAGCCCAGCAAGGCCGUGGUACGCAGGAGUUUAGUUUCAAUCUGGAACCGGAGGAAAAGAUUGUAAUGACGCCACUGCUGGAGUACGUGGCACAGCGGAAGCUGGAGAAACGGGACGAGCGGCGUCGCAAGCAGGAAGAGAAACGGAAGGCUCGCGAAGAGGAGCGCAGCAUUCGCAAGUCCCAGAUUGCUCAAGCGAUACCGGAAUCCAUCAAGGAGGAGAAAGAAAUUACCGAGAUCAUGGUGCGGACCGUUCCGUCCCGGUUGGAUCCGGCGCAGAAUGCAUCGAAGGGAGGCGGAUCCGAUAAUAAGAAGGGUGGUUGCGGCGAAGCCGGAGGGAAGCAUAAAGAUGAUAAGAAGGCUCGCAACCGAAACAACAACAACAACAAGGACUACAAGGACAACAAGGACAGCAAGGACAAGGAUCGGAAGGAUCGUGAUCGUAAGCAGGAGGAGGACCACAAUAAACAGCCAACCGGCCCACGAAAGGGGGAUAAUGAGAAGAAUGCUUCGAAAAAACUGGAUCGCGAUAAGAUACCCAAGAAGAUACUGACUGCAGCCGACAGAGACAAAGGUAAAGACGAUCCACGGGCUUCUCAGAAGAAGAAUGGACGACCGGAAAAGGAAAAGCCACGCAAAGGAGACAAGAUGCAAGAUGUGGUGCAAGUUGAUCGAGGUGGUGGUGAUCCGCCGGCAUCCGACAACGCACCGAGCGUCGUCGAUCCAUCGGCAGAAGUGUCGGUAGCCCCGGGCAAGAAGGAAAGCAAACGAUACAGUGAACGGCGCAAAGAGACAAGGGCACGGGCGGAAACACGAUUCGCCGAGCAAGGCGAUAGCCGGAACGACGCAAAGAUCGACGUUAAGAAAAGCGUCCUCAUGGCAGACGUUCCGGCGUUCAUACCGAAGCAGAAAACCACCAUCAUUCUCCACGGUCCAUCGUCUACGGCCACCAGCAAUCCACCGGCCACCCUGCCAUCACUGCCAUCGUCAAUCCCCAAUACUUCAACCAAUAAUUCGUCCUCGCAAGUUGUCUCCGAGGGUAACGAGACGACGGACAAUGGCAAAUCACCGUCCCCGGACGCACUGCUAGAGGCAGCCGAUGCCAUGGGAACAAGUGGCGGCAAGCGUGCGGAUGAGGAACAGAUUCGCCGGAAACUGAAGGAAGCCCGGGAGGCGCGCAAAAUACGUAACAAGGACAGGCCCUCGAUGGAGAUCUAUCAACCGCGCAAACGCAUCGGUGCGGCCAAGAGCGAAGAGGAACGCUGGGAUUCCGAUCGACCAUCCGAUUCCAUCUCGACGGCUCCGGCUUCGGCGGCAGCGGAUGGGGCCAACGAACGGCGCCACCGACUAACCAAGAAAGCAUCCGACCGACAAACGCACUCUGACCGUAAGGCGGCGCGGCGAAAGAACUCAAGCGAUGCGGACAUUACGCCGAAUGAAGCGGCAGAAGUGACCGGUACCCCACCGGCCAGCUUACCGGAGGUGUAAGCACGGCUGCAGUCCCUUUUUCCCCCAGAUUUCAUUGUGUUUUCCUCACUCGCCCCGGGCACCGCCUCGUUUCAUUUUCCGUUUCCGUUCUUCGUACGGACCGCAAUAAAUCGAGAGCUUGAACCGACCGAAUGAUAGGUUA